AUCGUACAAAACGCUCUCGAUCGUCCGUCCACACACACGCGCACUGACACACACAAAGAGACUUGCGGUACUCGACAUCAGCGUCAAGUCCAGCUAUUUCGUGAUUAUCCACCUAAUCGGCUGUCGCCGCAGCAGCAUCGGAUAGAUAGAGAGACGCUCGAGCCGCGAGUCCAGUUUCGAUCGGCGCCGAGGAGAGUCGACGGCUCCUCCUUUCUUCCGUUGUUCUUAACUUUUUCACCGUCUCGUCGUUCUCCAGGAGAACGCGUCGGGCGAAAAGCUACAGUCGCGGGAAGGAGGAGACCGAUAGGGAGGCGUCCUUGACCGCUGGAGACUCGUUCCUUGCAGGAGUUUCGUGCGCACAAGUGAGGGCUCGGAUGCCUGUAUGCAGUGCCAGACUUUAUUGACGCCGGGAGAGCUGGUAAAAAAGCUGGAAGGAUGAGUUCGAGCUCGAAAUGCGGCUUCUGCGGCUUUCACCCGAAAUGGCUGCAGAAUUGGGCGACUUCGCGCAGCUUCAUCGCGGUCUACGGACUCCUCGGCACCGUACAGUCGAUGGCCUUCAUUUACAUUGUCGUUAGCUUAACGACUUUGGAAAAGAGAUUCAAGAUCCCGAGCCGAACUACCGGACUGAUUCUCUCGGGCAACGAGAUCUCGCAGAUCCUCUCGGUCCUUCUGAUCUACUACGGAGGUUCGGGUCACAGGCCUCGUUGGAUCGCGAUCGGCGUCGGCUUCAGCGCACUUUCCUGUCUAGUUCUCGCCCUGCCUCACGCGAUCUACGGUCCAGGUCAGGAUGCCCUCGCCCUGACCAAGGAGUACAUGAACGCGACCAUCUUGACCAGGGGUAACGAGACCAAAGAGCUGCCGAUAUGCUCGAGGAACAGUCAGACCGAGAGUUGCAACGACGGCGACCUUACCGAUACCAGUAUCGUGCCCAGGCUGCUCGUCUUCUUUUCGCAGUUCAUACUGGGAAUUGGGACGACUUUGUACUAUGGCCUGGGACAGACUUACAUGGAUGACAAUACGAAAAAGAAGAACACGCCCUUGCUACUAGGUUUCACUUUUGCACUGCGAACGGUUGGACCGGCCUUUGGAUUUGUUUUGGGAUACUUGUGUUUGAACGUCUACAUCGAUCCAAGUUUGCAUCCUAUCAUCGAAAAGAAGGAUCCGCGAUGGUUAGGAGCCUGGUGGCUAGGGUGGAUAAUUCUCGGUAUUACAAUGGCAGUAUUUGCUGUGCUCUUGUCGAUGUUUCCACACGAAUUGCGUAAAUCCAAGAGGUUGAAGAAAAAAGAAAACGCUUUGAGUGAAAGUGAAGUUCCGUUAAAAAUCGAGACUUCUCAACCGGAAAAGGCUCCAAGUGUCGAAACGACUUUGACUCCAGUAACAGAAAAGCCAUCUCUAAAAGACUUUCCAAAGACUGUCAAGCGAAUUUUGAAAAAUAAAUUAUUGAUGUUCAACAUAUUCAGUGGCGUUUUCUACGUUCUAAGUGCAUCUUCUUUCAUGAACUUCAUUGCGAAGUAUUUGGAAGUUCAGUAUCAAACUUCUCCAGGUGGAGGAACAGUGGUGACCGGUCCACUCAGCUUACUCGGAAUGGUGCUCGGUUUUCUGAUCUCUGGUAUCGUGAUCGGUAAAUAUAAACCGGCGCCACGACCCCUAUUAUUCUGGAACGUGUUAGUAGGCUUUGCCUUUUUCUUUGGAACGAUCGGAUUCGUAUUUCUGGGCUGCGAUAGCGGCAAAAUUCAAGGAAUCGACUUCGACACCAAGAUAAUAAACCUAACAGCUUCCUGCAACGCUGCAUGCAACUGCGAGAACGUUAAAUACUCGCCCGUCUGUCAUGAAGCUUCGAGGACGACCUUCAUCUCAGCCUGUCACGCAGGCUGUACCAGUGUCAUCAACGACACAGUCUUCGGUCAGUGCAGCUGUGUCGCCGAUCUCGAAUCGAGCUUCCGAGAGCGCAGCAUCGUCGGCGCUUCUCUGCACCUGGUCGACGAUUUCUCGAAAACCUUUCAAUACAACGACGACUAUGUCGGCGGACGAGUCACGGUUGGUCCCUGCAAGCAGGACUGCUUCGUACCCUGGAUGAUGUUCGGUGCCCUCUCAACGUUUAUAAAUAUUCUCGGCUGCUCAGGGAGGAUAGGCAACGUUCUGCUGAACUUCAGAUGCGUUGAGAUCAGGGACAAGAGUCUGGCCCAGGGGAUCGCUCUGAUGAUGGUGUCACUUUUUGCACUGAUCCCUGGACCGAUCAUUUUCGGGGCCAUCAUGGACUCCACCUGUCUAGUUUGGGACUUUUCCUGUCAGAAAAAGGGAAACUGCUGGUUGUAUCAUAGAGAAAACUUCAGAUACUAUGUUAACGUGACUUCAGCAGCCCUGUGUUUCAUCGGAGUGCUUUUGGACAUGGUCGUGUGCUAUCUCUCAAAAGGCAUUGACUUAUACGGAGACGAAGAGGAAAAAGAAAAACGAAGAGUUUCUGCACUGAAGAACGUCGAAUUGAAAUUAAACAAUGACGAUCCGAAGCAAUCGUCGUAACGACUGCGUGACUUCGUUGUUUGUAAACUGAAGACUAUGUUUUCAACGAUAUUUUGUACAUAUUAUUAUACUGUAUUAUACUGUAUUUUGGAUACACUGUGCAUAACGUGCAACUUUAUGCAUUUUACAAAUUUUGAUAGAAGCAAUUUAGGCACAAUGUAUCUGAAAGUACUAUUUUAGAAUUGUAAUUUUUAUCUUUUAAGAAAAUAUACGAGUAAACUAUUUGUUUAUUAAAAUUA